GUUGCGAUUGUCACAAUCGUAACCACUCGAGUGGUCCGAAGUGAGUCAGAAAGGAAAAUGGCGGUGUAAGGAAUGCACAGGUAAUGAGGUAUACACAGAUGAAGAUCUAGUCAUGAACAUCUUCAAGAAAAACUUAGCCAUUUUGUUUACCUUUUUAUGUGGAACAUGUUUAGGACAAAAAGUGAUACCAAACAGGCCCCCUGGCAUUUACAUGGAGCCAGACUUCAAUGUGUUUUAUAAAUAUGGUGAAUCGGUGAAACUGCCAUGCCGAGCAGACGGGGUACCGCGUCCAACGUACAGAUGGAAGAGGAAUGGUAUCGACCUGAAUCCCAGUGGUAACGACAAUAGAUUCGUCCAGCUGUCGGAUGAGGGUACCAUUGUUAUUAAUGCCCCAGAGGAUAAAGAUGAGGGUAUUUUCCAAUGUAUUGCUGACAACAACUUUGGGAUAUCAGUGUCAAUCAAUGUCAACUUCAGGGAAGGGAAACUGGAUGAAUUUGAAGUGGCCCAAUCCAUUACUCAUCGCCCACAUUUGGGGGAGUCUGUCACCUUAAAUUGUGUGCCUCCCACCAGCUUUCCCCCAGCAGAUGUUGAGUGGGUGUUGAAAACUCAAGAGGGCAACAUAGAGCCAAUUAAUUACAACAACAGAAUCUCUAUGGAUUUGGAAGGUCGUUUGUACAUUACCAAUGUCCAGGAACAAGACUACAAAGAUGGUAAAGCAUAUGUCUGUAUGGCCAUUAAUUACUUCAUGAGGCGGAACACGUAUGAUAAAGCCAACUACAUCAUCCCUAGUGGAAGUUCACCAGUCAAGAGACCGGCUGAGUAUCUUUGGGCAUCGCCCUCUGAUCACUUUGGUCUGAGGGGUGAAAAUUUCAAACUGAAGUGUAUUUUCAGUGGAAAUCCCACCCCAGAGGUAUUUUGGUUGAAAAAUAAAGAAACCAUUCCCGAUCAUUAUGAAGUGUCGCUUGGUGGACAGGAACUGACGAUUCCUGAACUGACAGUGGAUGACGCUGGGCCAUAUGAGUGUUACGGCACAAACACCCAAGGACCUCGGGCCUUCAGAAAUUUUGUUAUCAGAGUGGAAUCCAAGCCAUAUUGGGAUGUUCAACCACAUGAUGUGGAGACCAGUGUUGGGGCAGCUGUUACUUUCCUGUGUAAGGCCAAAGGUUAUCCAGAUCCAAAAAUAGCAUGGCUCAUAAAUGGAGUUAAACUGGAAGAAUCGAAGGUUUCAAUCAUUCAGAGUGACCGGUUCCUGAAACCUGAUGCUAACAACAUUACUUUUGUCAACUUAAACAAAAACGACCACAUGGUCAUCCAGUGCAAUGCCUCCAACAUUCAUGGUUAUGUGUUUUCAGAUGUCUAUCUCAAUAUUUUAGAGGAGGAACCUGCCAUUAUUGUCCCUCCUGCCCUUGAGCUCAAGGUUGCUGAGGGUCGUGACAUUGAACUGACCUGUAUCACUAGUGGUAAGCCCGACCCCAUUAUCACAUGGAGAAAAGAAGGAGAGCAAAUCACUGGGGGAAGGUACCAGAUCCAGCCCAAUGGAAAUCUUCACAUAGAGAGUGUGGUGUUGUCUGAUGCCGGUAACUACACAUGCCAUGCAUACAACAAGUACAACUUUGAUGAGGCGUGGGGAAUCCUCAUUGUCAGAGCCAAAACGAGACUUGUACAGACACCGGGUGGGUUAGAAGCUACUGCGGGGAGUGAUGCCAAGUUCACCUGCUCAGGAACUACAGACUUUGCUGAGAUUAAAAAUUUACGAAUUUCUUGGCUGAAGGAUAACAAGCCAAUCACGACAAAUGACCAGAGAAUGACCCAGAAUUUCCAGGACAGUUCCCUGACCAUAAGUGGUACCAUUGCUCGAGAUUCAGGAACUUACACUUGUGUUGUGUCCAAUGGCUUAGACAAUGCUACAGCGGGAGCCAUUUUGACUGUGAAAGAUAAGCCUGACCCUCCUAUUAGUGUGACCUUACUCAGAUGUGGUGAGAAAGAGGCUGAAAUCACUUGGACCAAAGGAGCCUCCAAUAAUGCUCCUAUACAGUACUUCAUGAUCCAGUACAACACUUCCUUUAGUCCAGAUGAAUGGUUUAUUGGAGCCAGCAAUGUCUUGGCCACUAAGAACAGUGGGGUUGUCCCUCUAUCUCCAUGGGUGGAAUACAACUUCCGGGUGCUGGCUACCAAUAAAAUUGGGGUCAGUGAGCCUAGCUAUCACACAGAGACAGUGUGUAAGACUAAUGCAGAUAGGCCGUUCAAAAACCCAGAAGAAGUUCGUACUAUUGGAGAUAAAAGAAACUACCUAAUCAUUGAAUGGACACUUAUGCCUCCCAUUGAGCACAAUGGUCAACAAUUUAAGUAUAUACUGACCAUUCAGAGAGAGGGUCAGGGGUUAGAUCAGGUGAUCCCAGUCACAAUCUCAGACUGGAAGACAUUCCGCUAUGAGAAACAGACCAAUGACAUCUUUGUGCCAUAUCUCAUCACUGUGAAGGCUAACAAUGAGAUCGGAGACUCGAGUUCGUCGGUGGUGGAAAAAACUGGAUAUUCUGCUGAGGAAAUCCCCACCAUCACUGUGUCAGAUUUAACUGUGGAUUCAGUGGUUACAUCAUCUUCUGUCACGUUUUAUUGGGAAUGGGACAACAGUCUGAACACCCCACAGGCAGGAACCCCAGUCAACGGCAUCUUACGGGGCUUCAAGAUUCAAUACUGGGUCAGGGGACAGAAGGAGCAGACAUUCCAAGAGGCCGAAGUUCUGGUCAGUGACAUGAUCCUUCGAUAUGAACGACGAAAGAAACGAGCUAUUCAGUCCUAUAAAUACACACUGGAUGGGCUGCUGGGAUACAAUGAUUACGAGGCCCAGAUGAGGGUGAUGAAUACAUAUUAUGCAGGACCCCCCAGUGCUAUCAUUUCGUUCAGGACAGAGUUAGGAGUCACUGGACCUGUGAGAAAUCUUCGUGUUUCGCAGUCAGGAAGUAACUUUAUCCGAUUAACGUGGGAGGCCCCAGAGGUAGUGGAUCAGGUGUUUGGUGUUAACUGGUACCAACUGCUGUCGGGUUACGAUAUAGGAUACCAGACAGUGAGUGGACUGGACCUUGGAAAUCUACAAGAGAAGAUUCCAGACAUCACUGACCCCAGGACUAAUGAUACGUUUGUGAAUGGCCUUGUAUAUAACACCAAGUACAGGCUUUAUUUGUGGCCAAAAAAUUCUAAAGGGCGUGGAGAGGUGUCCUUCAUUGAGGCUUCCACCUCAGGACCUGGCUCUUCAACAGCACCAUCAUUCUCGAUCAAGGACGCUAAUCAGACCUUUAUAAAUGUGACCUGGAGCUUGAAGAUGGAUCCAAAGUCUGGCACCGUUAUUUACAUUGAGUACAGGAAAGAAGGUGUUUAUGAAUUCCAGCGAACUCCCGAUGAAGUAGCUAAACAAUGGCGGGCAAUAACAGAACUAGACGAUGGCACCACAUAUGAAGUACGACUUGUCUUAACGGACGGAAUGUCAUCAUCUACCAGCUCCAUUCAGACUGUGCGCACACUUGGAGUGGCUGCGGCAUACAGUCUUGGUGCUAACUUUGCCUGGUUUAUCGGCCUCAUUUUGUCGCUACUGAUCAUCAUUGCAGUCGUGGUGUUUAUCAUCAUGUGUCGUAAAGUCACCAAGAACAAACCACCUCCCCAGUCCAAGCUCAACGCUCCAGCUCGCAGUGUUUCGGCCCUAUCAGGACAGGAUGGGGAAUACAAUUACAGGUAUGGAAGCUACGAGGGCAGUAUGCACAAGAAGAGUGCGAAUUCCCUGGACAAGCCGUAUUAUGAUGAUGAUGGCUAUGAUCGAUAUCGCGAUGGUUAUGAUCAGGACGACCAGCCGUACGAUGAACGAUACGAUGACAAAUAUGAUGACCGAGACGAUUACAAAGGUGCUUACAACAACCGCCAUUAUGAUGAUCGUGGUCAGGAUUACAAUGAUCGGUAUGACGAUGAAAGGUAUGAUGAUGAUCGGUACAGCGAUGAUCGAGGACGAUAUGAAGAUGAUGAUGACGGCGGAUUUAGAGAUCAAGACCAUCGCCCCAGUGAUCGCGAUGAUCACUAUUACCCAGAUGAUGACAAAAAUUAUGAACCAUACCAGAAACGAGGCUACGAACGAACCCCAAGCUACGAAAAACGUCCUAUAGAUGACCUCGACUAUGAUCAAUAUAAGGAGCCAGGCAAGUUUGACCGUGAUGGAAAUCCAAUCUCAACCCGCCCCAGACCGGCUCCAAGUGGCGCCAACGGGUCUGGUCAUGUGCCUGGGACAUCCAGCUUCGUGUAAUACUAGACCAUGGCCUUGAUGUGAAUCUGAUGCUUCCAGAGCUGUCAGAUCUUGAAUGCAAACAUUAUCUAUCUUUCAUGUUUUAUACUCUGAGAAUAAGUAAGAUUUUACAAAGGAUGUGCUUCAUUAAUCGAGGUUGUAUAUAGCAUAACAAACUUUUCAUAGUGUAUAUUUGUAUAUAUAAGGACAUUUUUUAAACACGAAAAUCAUAUUUUUAUAAGACAUACAUCUGUGCCAUUGAUGAAUCAUUGUGUAUAAAUUGAAAUUGUCAUAAUUUCAUGAUGUAAAAGGUAAACGUUUCAUUUUUCUUGUGAGUAUAUAUACUAGAUUGUAUGCAUUUUUUCAUUUGAAGAAUUUUUCAUACCUCUAGAAAUCAUACCAUAUUUAUAUCUUGAUGAAUAGUUUUAACUAGAUGUUUUUACUUGGAAUUCUCUCGAUUUCAUUUAUACGUGUUAUAUAAUUAUGCAAUCAAACAUAUCAAAGCGAAUCUACAAUAUCAUGAUCCAAUAAAGCCAUAACAAAGAAA